GGCCCCGCCAGAGGAGCCUUCAUCACCGGCCCGGUCCUCGCCCUCCUCAUCCUCGGCCCGGCCGCGCUCCGGAACCUUCCAGUAAGGACCCCCGGGACCUUCCUCCUCCUCGUUCUUGGGGUCCAGAACUUUCUUCUGCUUCGUUUUUGUGUCCGGGAUCUUCCUCAGCCUCGGUUUUGGGGGUUUGGGGCCUUCCUCAUCCUCUGGGACCUUCCUCAUCCUCAUUUCUUGGGUUUGAGAUCUUCCUCAGCCUCAGUUUUGGCCGCCUGGGAUCUUCUGUCACUUUUUUGGGGGGGUCUGGGACCUUCCUCAUCCUCGUUUUGUGGCGUUCCAGGGCCCUCCUCUUCUUCCUGCUCCUCCUCCUGCCGUCCUGGACCUUCCUCCCUAUUCCAGGGUCCAAAACCUUCCUCAUCCUCCCUAUUCCAGGGUCCAAAACCUUCCUCAUCCUCCCAAUUCCAGGGUCCAAACCUUCCUCAUCCUCCCCAUUCCAGGGUCCAGAACCUUCCUCCACAUUCUGGGACCCAGAACCUUCCUCUUCCUCCCCAUUCCAGGAUCCAAAACCUUCCUCAUCCUCUGUAGUUUGGGGGUCCAGAACCUUCCUCCUCCUCAUUUUUUUGAGUUCCAGGACCCUCCUCCUCCUCCUCCUCUUCCUCCUGGCAUCCCAGACCUUCCUCUCCCCCCCAUUCUGGAAUCCAGAACCUUCCUCUUCCUCCCCAUUCCAGUAUCUAGAACCUUCCUCCUCAUUCCGGGAUCCAGAACCUUCCUCUUCCUCCUCAUUCCGGGAUCCAGAACCUUCCUCUUCCUCCCCAUUCCCGGACCCAGAACCUUCCUCUUCCUCCCUAUUCUGGGCUCCAAAACCUUUCCCCCCCCAUUCAGCAUCCAGAACCUUCCUCCCCCGCUCACCCCCUUUUCUCUUUCCCUCCCAGGCUCUUCCUCCUCCUCCUCCUCCUCCUCCUCCUCCCCGCGGGGGCCUCUCCUCGCCCGCCAUGGGCAACGCCAAGAGCGGGGCGCUGUCCAAGGAGGUGCUGGAGGACCUGAAGACGAGCACGCGCUACUCGGAGGAGGAGCUGUGCCGCUGGUACGAGAGCUUCCAGCGCCAGUGCCCCGACGGCCGCAUCAGCCGCUCCGAGUUCGAGAAGAUCUACGGCACCUUCUUCCCCAACUCGGACCCGCAGGGCUACGCCCGCCACGUCUUCCGCAGCUUCGACACCAACGACGACGGCACGCUGGACUUCCGGGAGUACAUCAUCGCCCUGCACCUCACCUCCUCCGGAAAGACCCACCUGAAACUCGAGUGGGCCUUCUCGCUCUUCGACGUGGACCGCAACGGCGAGGUCAGCAAGAGCGAGGUGCUGGAGAUCAUCACGGUGAGGAAUUUGGGGUUUGGCAAU